CCCCAGCGGCCGCGGGGACCGACCGGGCGCCGCGCUCAACUUCCACUUCUCCUUUCGCCGGCGCCGAGGUCCCGGCGCCACCAGCCCGGCCCGGUUUCCGAAGGGAGAAGGCGAGCUGGCGGGGUUGGGGACCCUCCUCUGGGCCCCCGGAGCGGGGAGGGGACCGCAACCACGGAUCCCAGCCCGGCGACCGAGCCCACUCGGCAUCAGGUUUGUGAGAAUGCUGAUAGAAGGUAAGAGCCUCAAAAUCGGAAAUCAGAAGACCUGGAGUCUGGCCUGAGCUGCUCUGUCAACUUGCACAUGGUCUUGAGUCACUCCUGCGGUUGGCCCAACCCAGCAUGCAGCCUUGAACCUGGCUUAGGCCACCACCUGCUCCAGCCCUCUGCACCCCUAUCUUACUGUAGUUUGGGCUGUAGGCUCUAAGCUCCGAGGUACCUGAACAGCAUCUCUUCAAGAAAACCCCACAGCUCCAGAGGGCCCAGCAAAUCCUGCUGUCGGCUGUCUGAGAAGACAGCAUGGCUAUUACCCUGCAGCCCAGUGACCUGAUCUUUGAGUUUGCAAGCAACGGGAUGGAUGAUAUCCACCAGCUGGAAGACCCCUCGGUGUUCCCAGCUGUGAUCGUGGAACAGGUACCCUACCCUGAAUUACUGCAUCUGUACUCAGGACUGGAGCUGGACGACGUUCACAAUGGUAUCAUCACAGACGGGACCUUGUGCAUGGCACAGGAUCAGAUCCUGGAGGGCAGUAUUUUGCUGGCAGAUGACAAUGAAGCAACCUCACAAACCGUGUCAGCCACUGAAGUCUUGCUCAACGUCGAGUCUCCCAACGACAUCCUGGAUGAGAAGCAGAUCUUCAGCACCUCCGAAAUGCUUUCCGACUCAGACCCUGCUCCAGCUGCCACUCUGCCCAACUACCUGUUUCCUGUCUCUGAGCCUGAUGCCCUGAACAGGGCGGGUGACACUGAUGACCAGGAGGGACAUUGUCUGGAGGAGAAGGUCCCCAGAGAGGAAAGUGCCAAGAAGACUGGAAAAUCAAAGAAGAGAAUCCGGAAGACCAAGGGCAACCGCAGUACCUCACCAGUCACUGACCCCAGCAUCCCCAUUCGGAAGAAAUCUAAGGAUGGCAAAGGCAGCACCAUCUAUCUGUGGGAAUUCCUCCUUGCACUUCUGCAAGACAGGAACACCUGCCCCAAGUACAUCAAGUGGACCCAGCGAGAGAAAGGCAUCUUUAAGUUGGUGGACUCCAAAGCCGUGUCCAAGCUGUGGGGGAAGCAGAAAAACAAGCCCGACAUGAAUUAUGAGACAAUGGGCCGGGCACUAAGAUACUACUACCAAAGAGGCAUCCUUGCCAAAGUGGAAGGGCAGAGACUGGUGUACCAGUUCAAGGAGAUGCCCAAGGACCUGGUGGUGAUCGAAGACGAAGAUGAGAGAAGUGAAGCCACGGUGGCCUCCUCUCGGGCCUCCACUCCCUGCACCUCCUCUGCCAGCACCACCAGGCGAACCGGCUCCAGGGUCUCGGCCAAAGCUGCUCCCCAGGGCAAGGCAGGCCCUUCCUGGGAAAAGCCAAAGGUUCAGAGCGUUGGCUUACAGCCGUCUGCGAAUCUGGAAGUGGGACUGUCUGCAGAUGAGGAGAUGCCUACUACCUCCGCCGUGCUCGCCCCUCCCCCAGAGAGCCAGGCCAAACUCCCCAAAGCCGUGAGUACUUCUUCAGUGCCCAGUAACAUCCACCUAGGAGUGGCCCCUGUGGGGUCAGGCUCAGCCCUGACCCUGCAGACAAUCCCACUGACCACAGUGCUGACCAGCGGGCCUCCCGCCAGUACUACUGCUUCAACCCAGCUCGUUCUCCAGAGUGUUCCACCUGCUUCGACCUUCAAGGACACCUUCACUUUACAGGCCUCCUUCCCCCUGAAUACCAGUUUCCAAGAAAGUCAGGUGGCAGCACCGGGGGCUCCACUGAUUCUCAGUGGUCUCCCCCAACUCCUGGCUGGGGCCAGCCGUCCGACCAACCCAGCGCCGGCCUCCAUCACAGGGGCUGGAGCAGCAGGGCCCAGCUCUCAGGCCCCUGGGACUGUCAUUGCUGCCUUCAUCAGGACUUCCGGUGCCACAGCAGCCCCUGGGGUCAAGGAGGGGCCACUGAGGCCCUCCUCAUACGUGCAGGGCAUGGUGACUGGGGCCCCCAUGGAGGGGCUGCUGGUUCCUGAAGAGACCCUGAGGGAGCUCCUGAGGGAUCGGGCUCACCUUCAGCCACUUCAAAGCCAGGUGGUUUCCAGGGGUUCCCAUCCAGGGAGCCAGACUUUCUCUUCUCCCAGCCGCCCCACUGUUGGGCUGACCCCAGUGGCUGAACUUGAGCUCUCCUCAGGCUCAGGGUCCCUGUUUAUGGCUGAGCCUAAUGUGACCACAUCUGGGAGCCUGCUGACCAGAUCCCCAACCCCAGCCCCCUUCUCCCCGUUCAACCCUACUUCUCUUAUUAAGAUGGAGCCCCGUGACAUAUAAAGGAAGGAGUUGGGGGCAGUGUGUCCCACCAGGCAAAGUUGAGCAGCAGUUUUAUAUGGACUUCCGGUAGCAGAGACUGACUGAAGCACACCUGCCCUUACUUUUCAGUGGGACGGCCAUAUAGCAGAUCCCCUGUCCCUGACCCCUGCCCCGUGUCGUCACAGCCAAGCCAUGCCCAGUUUGAGCAUCCCUGGCGUCAGACCAUGGCCUACAAGAGCACUAGGGGAUAUGCUCUUGUCAGGGUAAUGGGCUGACUGGGUGAUGGAGCGAAAACCUCCUGAGAAGUUUGUGGCCAGGGCUGAGGCAGGAGCCCCGGGGGAAGAGUCCUUUUGUGGGGCUGUAUUUCACCGUCUACGUUCCCUCCACGGGAAAUUUCCUAUCCCGUAUGUGAAUAUCUCUGUAUGUACUUGUGCGUACUUGUGGGUCUGUAUCUCUGUUUCUUUGGGGAGGACGGGGGUGCAGCUGUUUCAUCUUCAAGGGUGCGUGUUUCUGUGGGUCGGCUGCAGAGAUGGGGAAAGCAUUCUCUAGUUCCCUCUGUACAAAUCGAGAUUCAGUUUCUCUGAGGCAAUGGGGUACAAGCUGGAUCCCCCAAAUUGAGAGAGAGGUCAGAGAGCCGGAGCAGGUCCAGGGAACGAGGAUUUCAGUGGUCAUGUGUGUCAGGGAAGAUCCAGUUAGAAGGGCCAAGGCCAGACCGGAUAGAGAGUCCCUAGGCAGAGGCUGAAUUAAUUGAAUGUUUGUGCCGAGGGCGUGGGCAUGCUGGCCUGUCCCCCAUCUGAUCCGGGGCUCCCUCUCGCUGAGUGUUGUCCCAAUACCUCCCUUCUGUCGGGCAUCGCCGGGACAGCUGUAUCGCAGUGCACGCUGGCUCUGCCCCCAUCCCUGCCCGUGUGUGCCCGCUGCUCAGCCUGCCUUCUACUCACUAUGUGGGUUUGCCAACCCGCUCGCCCUCACGAUGGCUACCGCGACCUUGAGGAGAGGGCUGGCACUGUCUCCAACUCUCAGUCGCACCUGGCCCAGACUUGUCCUGCAGCAAGAAGACAGGAGCCAGUGGAUGUGAGCGCCCAUGACACUUCUCCCGGCUCUGCGUGGUUCCUUGCUUCCCUCUUUCCUCUUUCUGGGCAAGUUAAACUCCUCCUUCCCAUUUGAAUUAGCUUGCCUCUUUCCUGUGAAAUUUGGGGGGCAAGGCUAACAGUUAAGACAUGUCAUCAGCUUCAGAAACAAUGAUCUGGUGAAUUUGGUUAAUGUGAAUCAGUGUCUCAGGACCUUUGCUGUGUCCUCAGUAUAAAACCAUCCACUAGACCGAACUACCUCCCCAGGCUGUUUUCUCUCUGCUGCUGGUCACUGCCAAGCUUCCUGUCCUCUCUCCCGCUCCCUUCUUGUGCUUCCCCCUUCUCUCCCUGGAAAGGAAACAUAUAUGCAUGUGCAGGUGUAUUUAUUACGAGUUCCAGCACAUGGCAUUAAAAUGCCUUUUUCUAAUAUAAUCAGUUUUUUAUGACGAAUUCCCGAUGAUGGAAAGUGAAACAUCCCGAGAAAGAGUCAUCUUUCAAACAAAAUUUGCACAAAGGUGCUGCACGGAUUAGGGGUGGCCCUGCCCCCACAAGCUCCAUAGAACUUAUCAUCUGAAGGUCACUGAUACCCUCCCGGUGACAUCAAGUGUCUUCACAGUUCUCAGUCCCUGUGAGCCCUCAUGGCUUGUGACACUACUUCCCACCCCCUCCUGCAGUACCGGGCUGCCCUCUGUACCUCUGCUGGCCCCACAUCUGCCGCUGAAAUGUGGGUGCCCGCCAAGGGUCUCGGGUGCUCUCCUGGCUCUGGCUUGGCUCUUUGGGGAUGGGGCUGAACUCGAGAGCAGCAGCCCUCGCUUUUUCUCCUCCGCUCUGGCUUACAUGCCCAGCAGCCUGCUGGACAUUUCCAUCCAGAUGCCUAUCAUGUCUCAAAGACAGUCCCUCUAUCAAAAAUGGAUUUGAAAGUCUUUACACUGACACACACACACACACACACACACACACACACACACACACACCCUUUUUUUCUCCCCGAAAACAAAAAGCUGUCAUGACUUGCCUAUUUCUGUUAGAGGUACCACCAUUUUUCUGACCUUCUAAGCUUGACAUUUCAGAGCCAUCUGAUGGCUGCCUUCAUUUGACCCUGUCCCUUCCCCCAUCUCUUGAAGUCCAGGCCGUUUGCCAUGUCUCUGAAAUCUAGCCUUUCUUCCACAUUCCCAGAGCCUCCAGCUGAGCUCAGACUCAACCCAGAGCUUAUCCCCCUUCCCAGACACAAGACACAUCAACACACCGUAGUGUGACCUGUCCUCCUCUGCUGGGGCACCGGUCCUGUUCUUUCUGUGCUAAAAAGCCUUCAAUGGCUCCUCAUGGCCUAUAGGUAGGGGUGAUACUCAAAAUACUCAGCCUACAAUCUGUUCUAGGUAAGCUGGGCAUUAGCCCUUUAUUUGCUGAACCACGAGGCAGUCCAGGAGUCCUGGAGGAGGGAGGAGGGAACAUUUAAGGACUCGGGGCAGUAAUUCCAAAAGGAAGGUCCCAAGUCCUUGGACCUUCUGGCAAAGACGCUUCACCAUCAGGCCCCAACUGACUUCCCUAGUCGUCUCUCACAUUGCUUCCCUGACCCGCGGGGUCCUGCUCCAGUCAAACAGGGAUUCCCCGGCCUUUGAGUUUGCCUCUGUUUGAAGUUUCCCACCUCUGUGGUUUUGCUUUACUUGGUUCUGCUCAACCAGGAUGUUCCUCACCCUGUUAGUACCAAUUUAAUCCACCCUUUAAGACUCCAUUCACGGAAGUUGCCUCUGCAGACCAGACUAGCCCUAGGUGAGUUCUUCAUUUGAAAUUCACACCAAUUGCCACUCUUGGCAACUAAUCACAAACAGCCUGUGACAUCUCCUGUUAUAAUCACAAACUGUUACUUAAAUCUUCAAUGACCUGGGCCUAUUUAGUCUCCCCACUUAGGGUGCCACCUUCUGAAGGGCGGGGGGUUGUGCCAUCCACAGAGCAGGGCACGCUACGAACCAUCUGGUGAGCAUCAGCUAAUGAACAUUACCGAUUGAGCUGCUGAGAGAUGGGGACUGAAGUCUGAUGCUGGUAACCUCUGACCUCCCCUCCGCACAGGCAUUCACCCCAGGUGCUCCACUGCCCAGGGCCGGCCCUCCCUGGCUCAGUGCCGUCAUGAUACCCCCACUCCCACCCCCCAAGCCUUAGCGCACAAGAGUUGUUACUACUUUGAUCAUCCCUUGACCCUAAAGAAACUUCCCUGUCCAGUUUCUUUCCUAAUUCAAAGUGUUAAAGUUGCUAAUCUGGUCAACUAACCUGUGCUCAUCUAGUUAUGGGAGAGGGCCGGAGGAGACCCUCGGGAGACCGGCUCAUUUCACCUGGGUCGUGUGGCAACAGCAUCCUUGCCUUUGCGAAGAUGGUGUAAUGGAGUCAGGAGACCCACUCCUCACCCCCUUGCAGCUGAUGUACCCCUCCUGCCUCUGGGCUCCCGCAGCACUUUGUGUAUACCUCUUAUUGUAGCACUUAGCACACGGUAGCUCCUUAGCUAUGUGUUUAUAUAUGUUGCCCCUCUAAUAGACUGUGAGCUCCUCAAGGACAGGGACUGUGUGUUAGUCACUGAUGUAUCCCCAGCGCCUAGCACAGUGCCUGGCACACAGUAGGUGCUCAAUAAAUGUUUAUGGAAAGAAAGAA